AAAAUGGAUGAAGGAAAUCAGUCUGUAAUGUCAGAAUUUGUGCUUCUGGGACUUUGCCACUCAUGGAAUAUUCAGGUCUUACUGGUAAUGAUAUUUUCAGUGUUUUACCUGAUCAUUGUUUCUGGAAAUAUUGUCAUCAUGGUGUUAAUCAUCACCGAUUCCCAUCUCCAUUCCCCCAUGUACUUCUUAUUGGCCAAUCUGUCCUUUGUUGAUAUGUGGCUUUCUUCAAUUACCAUUCCUAAGAUGAUAGCAGACUUUCUCAAGGAAAGCAAGACUAUUUCCUUUGAAGGCUGCAUGUCCCAGAUCUUCUUUGCUCACUUUAUUGCAGGGUUUGAGAUGGUGCUACUGGCGGUAAUGGCCUAUGACCGCUAUGUGGCAAUCUGCAAACCACUCCGGUACUCCACCAUUAUGAGCCUACGAAUGUGCAUUCGGUUGGUGGUGACUUCCUGGAUCACUGGCUUUGUUCAUUCCAUGAGCCAAAUAGUUAUGAUUGUUCCGCUGCCUUUCUGUGGUCCCAAGGAAAUAGACAGCUUCUUCUGUGAUAGACCACUGGUAAUCAAGCUUGCCUGCAUGGAUACCUAUAGUUUAGACAUUUUAAUGAACCUUGACUGUGGGGUUUUGGCUGUAACAUGCUUUAUUCUAGUACUGACAUCCUAUACAUAUAUUCUUCUCACUGUCCACCGAAGCUGUAAAAGUGGGGCUUCUAAGGCACUCUCUACCUGCACUGCCCACAUCACAGUGGUGGUGCUUUUAUUUGGGCCCUCCAUCUUCAUCUAUGUGUGGCCACUUAGCAUCACCUGGGUGAACAAAUUUCUUGCUGUGUUUUACUAUGUUUUUACACCUCUCCUAAAUCCAGCCAUUUAUACCCUGAGAAAUAAAAAAAUAAAAAAUGCUUUGAAGAGGUUCAGAAGCUACUACUUAGAAUGCAAGGGAAAUAGGUAAUACUGAGAAGCCUAAAGAUCCUUCAUUAUGGAAGGAAUUAUCCAAUCAGUCUUCCUCUGCCUUUAACUAUGUUUAAUUGAAUUUUUUUUUUUAACAAAAGCAUGCCUCCAUCCUGCUGAAUAGCAUCUUAAUAAAUGUAUCUUGAAUUUUCUCCUAAUUUCAUUUGGAAGAAAAAUGUUUCUGCAACAUUGGUACCUUCAAAAUAUUCACUCACAUAUGGUCAAAAAGCAAUGAAAUAGUUUUUUCCUUAACCUAGCAUCCUAUCCAAAUACUAAUGGGAAAAAGCAACAGAAAAAAAUAAACAGAAGAUAAAAGAGAUUACUUUUUCUUAGAUUUCACUAACUCAAUGAAUGUUUUUUAAAAAUUAAAAUUUAAUGCUAUUUCUCUCAGUUGUCUCUGUCUCAAUAACUAACAUUUAUUCUUUAGAUGUAUUCAGUGUAAACUUAUGAAAUGUAAUCUUCCUGAGACCCAGGAUCAUGUCUUACAUGGUUAAUUAUGAAACUGCAAUGUUUAAUAUACUACUGUGAUUAAUACAUACUAGAUAGUAAUCAUAUUUUAAUAAAUUAUUAGAGGUCAAUUAUUCUUUUAAAAUAUUCAUAAUAUUUGUUUUUCCAGGUGUAAAUAUACUCUUUUGGCAUUAAAAAGAAUUCCUAAAGUUUCAAAUCGUAAAUUAUAUUUAUUUUCUGUCUCUAGAAUUAGUAAUUAAGUCAACUGAAAUACAGUUGUAAGAAUCAACAGCAAGAGGCCUAAAACAUAAGUAUGGGGCAUAUUCAGUUUUUACUAAUUUUAAAACGGAAUCAAAGUACAAAACAGAGUGGUACUGUAAAAAUAAAAUUAUUAUGCUUGACUGCCAACUCUAUGUCAUCAGGUUAAUGUAUUACCUUAAGUACUUUUAUUGUUAUCUCCAAAUU